AAGGCCUUCCUUUACCCUAGUAGAAUUGCCUAUGUUGUUGUUGGUGUAGGUUACAAAGGUAUUACAAACCUGCACACUCUGCACUCUCCUCCAUCUCUUUACUGCUAAUAUUCUACUUUCACACCUCUUCCCAUACCCUGCUACUUUCACUUUCCUCACCUCCUCAGCCUCUAUUUUUCUGCACUUUCUUUCCUUCCAUUCCUCCCUGUCUCUUCAUGGAUGAGGACAUUUUGAGAACUUUGGAAAGUGAUGAAAGCAGCAUGGACAUGAUGACAAUGAUGAUGCAAAUGGAAAAGUUUCCUGAAUUCAAUGAGCCUUUUUAUAGCAACAACAACAAUCUCAAUCUCAAUCUCAAUAACACCGAAAAUGAGUUUCCUUAUGGAAACUCAAAUGUAACCUAUCCUCAACCAUUCUCUUAUCCUCAACAACCAAUGACAAUGACACCAUCUCUUCAACACAACGGAGUUCAAAUUCCAUCCGGGAGAAUCAACAACACUCCGCUUUCGUCGUACUCAGAUAAAAAGAACUCAAUGGCGGCCAUGAGAGAGAUGAUAUUCCGUAUGGCGGUUAUGCAACCGAUUAAUAUAGACCCGGAAACAAUCAAACCGCCAAAGAGAAAGAACGUGAAGAUUUCGAAAGAUCCACAAAGUGUAGCAGCGAGACAUAGAAGAGAAAGAAUUAGCGAAAGAAUAAGAAUCUUGCAGAGAUUAGUCCCUGGUGGAACAAAAAUGGACACAGCUUCAAUGUUAGAUGAAGCAAUACAUUAUGUGAAGUUCUUGAAGAAACAAGUUCAAACAUUGGAACAAGUUGGAGCAAAUAGACCUAUGAAUGUUGCUGGAUUCCCAGGAAUGAUUUCUAAUGGAAAUUUGAACUACUCUUCUUUUCUUAGAGGUUGUUCAUCACCUUGUCAAAUGGUGGGUCCCACUUCCAAACAAAUGCUUAGUUGAUAAAGGAUAUAGAGAAAUCAGAUUUUGAUUGAUAUAUGAAAUUAUGGAUUUGAUUUCAUGUCCAAUAUUUAUUGAAAUACUUAUGCAUACUAUUGUUGGAUAUGGUUUUGAGGUUAAUGUUGGAAUAUUGUAAGCAAGAGUUAUAAGCUAAUAAUGAAUAUGUUUUUGUUGUCCAAUCUUUUUAGCUUAAUUUGUACUUUUUGUUUUAUUACUUGUGUCUAAUCAGAAAGAAUGUCAGAUAAGUGUUUGAAUAA